AUGGCCCAGGUUAUCGUCGUCGGUGGUGGUCUCGCCGGUCUCUCCGCCGCCCACACCCUCCUCGAGCGCGGGGCCAAUGUCCUCCUCCUCGACAAGCAGCCUUUCAUGGGUGGCAACUCUACCAAGGCCACCUCUGGUAUCAACGGCGCAGGAACCCAGACUCAGCAAGAGGAGGGCAUCCCCGACAACGCCAAGAUCUUCUUCGAGGACACCAAGAAAUCGGCACGCGACCUCGCCCGCGACGAUCUCAUCCGCGUCCUCACCGGCCGCUCCGGCGACGCCGUCAACUGGCUCCAGGACAAGUUCGCCCUCGACCUCUCCAAGGUCGCCCGUCUCGGCGGCCACACCCACCCCCGCACACACCGAGGCAACGCCCAGUUCCCCGGCAUGGUCAUCACCUACGCCCAGAUGGAGCGCCUCGAGGACCUCGCCGAGUCCGUCCCCGACCGCGUCCAGAUCAAGAAGCGCGCCCGCGUCUCCAAGCUCCUCAAGGACGAGGCCGGCGCCGUCAUCGGUUGCGAGUACGUCUUCAACGGCAAGACCGAGACCGCGUACGGCCCCGUCAUCCUCGCCACUGGCGGCUACGCCGCCGACUUCACCCAGGACUCGCUCAUCAAGAAGCACCGCCCCGAGUACUACAACCUCGCCACUACCAACGGCGAGCACUGCACUGGUGACGGCCAGAAGAUGGCUGUCGCCGCGGGCGCGAGCGCGAUCGACCUCGAGAAAGUGCAGGUCCACCCGACCGGCCUUGUCGACCCCAACGAGCCCGACGCGAAGGUCAAGUUCUUGGCCGCGGAGGCGCUCCGUGGUGUCGGCGGUCUGCUUCUCGACAACACUGGUGUUCGUUUCGUCGAUGAGCUCCAGCACCGUGACUACGUCACUGGCAAGAUGUGGGAGAACGGCAAGUUCCCCAUCCGUCUCGUGCUCAACGGCCCCGCGUCGGCGGAGAUCGAGUGGCACUGCAAGCACUACGUCGGCCGUGGCCUCAUGAAGCGUUACGAGUCGGGCGAGGCGCUCGCAAAGGACAUGGGCAUCCCCGCCGCGACGCUCAAGAAGACGUUCGACGACUACAACGCGGUCGUGAAGGCGAAGAAGGACCCCUUCGGCAAGAAGUUCUUCACGGACGCCGUGUGGAAGAUGGACGACGUCUUCAACGUCGCGAUGAUGGAGCCCGUCCUGCACUACACCAUGGGCGGCCUCGAGAUCGACGCCGAGUCGCGUGUCGUCGACACCAAGGGCAAGCCGAUCCCCGGCCUCUUCGCCGCGGGCGAGGUUGCCGGCGGUGUGCACGGCGCCAACCGUCUCGGCGGUUCGUCGUUGCUCGGGUGCGUCGUCUUCGGCCGUGUGAGCGGCGACUCGGCGGCGUCGUACCUCCUCCACCGCAUCGGGCCCCUCGCGGCACAGGCAGCGGGCCGUCUCGGCGUGGUCGCAGGCCACCUUGGUGCGGAGAGCUCAAGCUCGAAGCCCGCAGAAAAGAAGGCGGAGGCAGCGUCCGCGAGCUCAUCAAGCUCGGGCGGCGCGUGGACGGCGGAGGAGGUCGCGAAGCACAACAAGAAGGACGACUGCUGGGUGAUCAUCGACGACAAGGUGCUCGACGUGACCGGAUUCCUCGCGGACCACCCCGGCGGGGAGAAGGCGAUCCUGCUCUACGCCGGGCGCGACGCGACGGAGGAGUUCAACAUGCUCCACGACCCGAAGGUCAUCCCGCGGUACGCGCCCGAGUCGGUCAUCGGCUCGGUAAAGAAGUAG